UUUAAAAGUGAGCUAACUGGACUCCGGAGGCUCAUAGCACCUUCCCCCGUGCUGCAGCCUUUCUCACCUGGUAGAGAGAGAUCUCCUCGAAGGUUUACAAAAUGUGUGAUGCCUUUGUAGGAACCUGGAAGCUCGUCUCCAGUGAAAACUUCGACGAUUACAUGAAAGAAGUGGGAGUGGGCUUUGCCACCAGGAAAGUGGCUGGUAUGGCCAAACCCAACAUGAUCAUCAGUGUAAAUGGGGAUUUGGUCACCAUCCGGUCAGAGAGUACGUUUAAGAACACCGAGAUUUCCUUCAAGCUGGGCGUGGAAUUCGACGAAAUCACUGCAGAUGACAGGAAGGUGAAGAGCAUCAUAACGCUAGAUGGCGGGGCCCUGGUACAGGUCCAGAAGUGGGAUGGAAAGUCGACCACCAUAAAGAGAAAACGAGAUGGUGACAAGCUGGUGGUGGAAUGUGUCAUGAAAGGUGUGACUUCUACAAGAGUUUAUGAAAGGGCAUGAGCCAAGGGAAGAGGCCCUGGACUGAAAUUUGCAUCAAACUAUACAAUAGUCGGUUGGAUUUAUUGUUUUUUUUUAAAAAAAGUUAUGAUAUUCCACUAAUUAGCAAGCAGUUAAUUUUUUCUGAAGCUGGAUUUUAUUGGAUAUGGUUAUGUUGGUUAAAUAAAAACUUUUUAGAUUUAGAAA